AUGUCUCAAUCUUCCGGUUCUGCUCAGAUCAAAAACAAAAUCGCUGAUACUGUGAAAACAAGAUCCAAAUCGAAGAAGGAAGAAGCAACUAUUGUGGUCGAUGCGACACCCAUAUCAAGCAUCCCUGCAACUAGUUCUAAGAAGAAGAAAUCUGCAAAAUCCACUAAGAAAGUAAGUGAAUCAUCUCCUUCUAUUUCAAUUAAGUCUGGAACUGGUAAAUCUAAGAAAAAGAAACCCCAAUCUCCCGUAAAAAGGGGUUUGAGCAUGUCUGACCUGUACUUGAAUAAGAACCCAUUUGAAACUGCAAAUGUGGAAUCGCAUGGUGCUGCCUCCGGCAAAACUGCGAAUGUUGAAUCGUCUAGUAAAGCUAAUGAAGAGAGUUCUAAGUCGGUUUCUGAAAAAGUCAAUCAAGAAACCCUUUCUGCACAGGAAAACCCUAUUUCUGAUGAAACCCUAGGAAAAACCAAAAUUGUUGCUGAGAAUGUUAUUGUGACCAGUAAUUCUAGUGGUCCUGAGAAUAUGGCAGUUCCUACGAAUGUCAUAACUGAUGCUGCUGAAAAACCUCAGGAGAAAGCUGUUGUGACCGAUGCGUCAACCGGUGUUGAGCCACCUCCAGUAUCGACUGAUGAUGCAAAGGAUGUUGAAGCAUCCAAAGAAGGUUCUAGUCCAUAUGCUGACCCUGCCACUGAGUCGUUUGGCAGUGGAUCUAAUACUGAAGCUUCCACUGAAGAGGAAGUAAACAAAGAAAAUACUCCUGAACAUGUGGCUGAUUCUGAGCCAGAGAAUGAAACUGGUGAGGAUUCUGAGAAAACCACCAAUGAAGAACAGAACAUAGUGGAUGUUGAUGAAGUCCCCUCUGAAGAAGAUCUGCAACCUCCACCUACUCAAAAAGGAAUUGGGAGAAGACUGAGAAGCAGGACUACUACACCUGCACCUGCUGUUAUCACUACCCCUGCUGUCAGCAAGAAAACAAAGGACACUACUCUGAAGCCUGUCAAGUAUGGUCCUAAGAAAGGAUGGAGCAAGUCUGUACCUCCUCCUGAAAAGAAAAAGGCUGCCAAGGAUGACUCAAGCAUCAAGCCUACUGCUAAGAAGGCAAUGUUUGCUAAGAAGGCCAUGCCUCAAGUUACUGCUCCUGACACUGAAGACUUUCCUUGUGAUAACGUUUCAUUUCAUCUUCCAUCUUAUGCUCAACGAUGCUCUUGCUAUGAGAAGCUGGUUUGGGAGUUUGUUGUCAACAUUCCUAUAGGUUGUGACAAUCCCUUGGACAAAGAAUUUCAGAAGGUAUUUGUUCGAGGAAAAUGUGUGACAUUCUCUCCAAGUGUGAUCAACAAGGUGCUGGGUAACUCAGAUGAUUCUCAUCCUGAUAUAGAAGUAUCUGACAAUGUGGUCUGCAAAACCAUCACAGCUAACAAAGUGAAAACCUGGCCAAAGAAGGAGAAGGUACCUGCAGUCAAGCUGACCCAAAAGUAUGCCAUUUUGAAUCGUAUUGCAUCUGUCAACUGGGUUCCUACUACACAUGCAUCUGAUAUUGCUACAAGUCUGGGUAAGCUCAUUUACAUGAUUGGUACUGGUACAAAAUUUAAUGCUGGUCAAUAUAUCUUUAAUCAAGUUGUGCAGCAUGCUAAGACUUCUGUCACCAAGCAACCCAUUGCAUUUCCAACAUUGAUCUGUGACAUCAUCUUGUCCCAACAUCCUAAUAUAAGGCAUGAGGGUGAGUCUGCUAAGAAAAGGGCAACUCCUCUGGCCAUUCAUCAGAAGUUGUACAGUAAACAGCAUGCUCCAGAUAUUGUUGGACCAUCAAAUGCUGCUGCUGAUACUCCUAUGACAAGGAAGGAGAUGAUUGCUAUGCUGGAAGCAAACUGUAAGGAGCUAGAUGAAAAGAAGUUGCAGUUUGAAAGGAUGAUACAUGCUCUUAGGGUUGAAGAGGCUGCAGCUCAAGCAGCUGAUGCAGAUGCUGGAUCAUCUGAAUAA